CUCUCUUUCUCUCUUCUGAUCGACCUCUCUCCCUCUCUAUUCUGAUCGAUCUCUCUCUCUGUUCUGAUCUCUCUCUCUCUCUCUCUCCGUUCUGAUCUCUCUCUCUCGUUCUUAGAAACCAUGUGCAGCAUGUCUUCUUGUCGGUCAGUCCGUGAGUGUACUGACUGCUGAGUUUUUUUUUUGUGUUUUACAUGUUCAGUGUUCACAGUUUACUGGUUAGUCAGUUAGUGGGUGUAUAUAAUAUAGUAUAUUCUAUGAAUCUAUAUACUCUACAGUUUUGGUCCAUCUCUUUUCCGAACAGUUUCUGCAUUUGCCAUCUCUAUACUCUACGGUUUCUGCAUUUUGUGAAUUAUGUUUUAUCUCCUUUGUUUGUAUAGAUAUUGUAGAUGUCGAAUAGAACCGAUCCUGCUUGGAAGUAUUCGAAGAGACAUGAAGAUAAUAAGUUCAGGUUCACAUGUAAUUUUUGUAACAAAGUGGUUACUGGGAGUGUUUACCGAGUGAAGCUACAUCUUGCUGGAGGAUACCCUGAUGUGACUUCAUGUUCUAAUUGCCCAGAACCAGUUAAAGAGGAGAUUAGGGCAUUUAUGUGUAAAAAAAAGGAGACGGCGUCUAGCAUAACUCCUCUUCCAGAUUUUGAUGAAAUGGGCAAUGAGGAGGACAUUGAUGAGGAUGAGUUUUAUGUACAAUCGAAGCCCCCUCCUAAGAGGCCUGCUGCCACUGCUACCUCCGGCUCCAAGUUCCAACUUAAGAAGCCCAAGACCAAAGGGUCUAUGGAUGCUUACAUCACCCCUGACCUAGAGAUCGAGGUAGGGAAUAGGAGAAGUGGUAAACAACCUAAAGUUGACGAUAAUACACCGCAAAAGAAGUUAUUGAAAGAGCGGGCUCAUCAAGCUAUUGCGAGGUGGAUUUACGAUGCUGGAAUACCUCUCAAUGUUGUCAAUGUGGAGUCCUUUGAACCGAUGAUUGAGGCUAUUGGGCAAUAUGGCCCUGGUUUAGCACCGCCGACUUAUUAUCAAGUGCGUGUCCCUCUUCUUAAAAAAGAGGUGGAAAAUGUGAACAAACAAAUGGAGGACCACAAGAAGGAGAGAGAGGAAAAUGGAUGCACUCUUAUGUGUGAUGGAUGGACGGAUCGAAAGAAUAGGUCAUUGAUAAAUUUUUUGGUUAACUGUCCUAAAGGUAGCAUGUUUAUUGAAUCGGUUGAUGCAUCGAGUCGUUCCACAACUGGGGACAGCAUGUAUAGGUUGCUUAACGAGUAUGUGGAGCGAAUCGGAGAAGCUAAUGUGGUCCAAGUUGUCAUGGAUAGUGCCGCAUACAAUAAGAUGGCAGGGAAGUUGUUAAUGGCAAAAAGACCACAUUUGUAUUGGACUCCAUGUGCUGCCCAUUGUUUGGAUUUAAUGUUAGAAGACAUUUUUAAGUUGCCAUAUUUGAAGAGGACAUGGGAAAGGGCAAUCAAGGUACACGGUUAUAUCUAUAACCGUUCGACAUUGUUGAACAUGAUGAGACACUUUACCCAAAGAAAAGAAUUGAUUAAGCCAGCAAAGACUCGUUUUGCAACAGCUUGUUUGACUUUACAAAGGGUUCAUCAACAAAAGAAUAACCUAAGAAAGAUGUUCACAUCAGAGGCUUGGAGUAAAAGCAAGUGGGCAAAGGAGGCGGAUGGUAAAAAGGUAGCAGAAAUAAUGUUGUCGCCAUCAUUUUGGAACAAUGUCUUGCUGGCCCUAAGAUUUGCAUGUCCUCUUGUUAAAGUACUUUGUUUGGUUGAUGGUGAAGAAAAACCCGCAAUGGGAUACAUCUACGAGGCCAUGGAUAGGGCCAAAGAAACUAUUAUAAACACGUUUGGCGGAGACGAAGACAAGUAUAAAACUGUGUUUGAAAUCAUUGAUGCGAGGUGGGAAGUGCAAUUGCAUCAACCUUUGCAUGCAGCAAGCUACUAUUUGAACCCUGCAUUUUUUUACAAGGAUGGUGCAAGGAUGAAAGCUGAUAAAGAGGUAUGGAAGGGUUUGGUGGAUUGUAUUGAAAGGCUGGUACCAACUGAGAGGAUGCAAGAUGAAAUUCUUCAUCUGAUAGCAUUAUAUGAGGAGGAGGAGGGAAUCUUCAAAAAAGACAUGGCAAUUAGGCAAAGAGUUACAAGGUCACCAGUUGAGUGGUGGAAGUUAUUUGGUCGUGAAACUCCUGAAUUGCAAAAAUUUGCCGUCAAGAUCCUUAGCCUUACUUGCAGUUCAUCCGGAUGCGAGAGAAAUUGGAGUGUGUUCGAACAUCUUCACACCAAAAAAAGAAAUAAGCUAGAUCAAAAGCGCCUCAACGACUUGGUGUUUGUUAAGUACAAUAGAGCAUUGAGGCAUCGAUAUAUGAACCGCGGCAAAUUUGACCCGAUUUCCUUGAAGAACAUUGAUGAGAGCAAUGAAUGGUUGAUUGGGAAAUUGGAAGAUGAGCUUGUAUUUGAAGGUGAAGAUUUGGAUUGGAAUGUUGUUGUGGAGGCUAGUGGGGUAGAACAACCUAGCAAAGUAACUAGGUCAACUCAUAAACCAACAAGUUCAAAGAAGCGUUCAAAAGCAUCAAGUUUUUGUGCAGAUGAUUGGGAAGAAGAAGAAUUUGAUGACACUGUUUCAGAUGAAGGAGAAGAGGAAGAUGUGGAUGGAUAUCGGUCAAAUGAUGAUGAAGAAGAUGAAGAUAUUGGUGAUGAGUGAUGAAAGGAUGACUGAUGAUGUCUUGUUUGGAAUAUCUGGAUUGUUAGUUUGUUACAUUUUAUGAGCGUAUUUUAUUAGUAAUUCGUAAGUUGGAAUGUUGGAUUGUUGGUUAUUAUGCAAUAUGGUGAUGUUUGUUCUUGUUUUAAUGGUAGGAGUGAAUAUUGGUCGUUUAUAUAGUUUCUAUUACUUUUUUUUUAAAACGCUCGCCUCGCUUCAAUGAGGCGCUCGCCUCGCUCCGAUGAGGGCUUUGUCGCCUCGCGUACGCCUCGCGUAUUUAAAUCACUGCAUAGGAGAACAUGAGCUUCCAUUCUUAUCUGAGAUCCCAAUUCGACGAAAGUAUAAACUGAAGCAUAGGCUUAACCAAGAGAGAUGCAAUUCUAAUUAUUGCUUACCUUGCCUGCCAAUGGUAGUCUCAGUCAACAUAACUAGGACUUGCUCACACUAACCUCAUAAUUUUCUAUGACGAAGAGAGGCACACACGCACAGAAACAGAAUCAAGAAGAAAAACUAACCACUUUUGCUUACGAAAACACAAACAUCAUAAAAGCCAUUAUCGAAAUCAAAGCACAAUGUGCCCCAAAACUCGAUAUCAGUCAACAUUCAAAACACCGUGUAACCAAUCAAUACUCGUGAACGUUUACAACAGAGUAAUAAACAUGUAGCAAUGCAAAAAUAAGUGCAUUCUUCUCACAUGGCAACAAAGAAAGUAAUGCAACAGACCCUGAAAUUAUAAGAAAUGCUAACUUGACGAAAGUAAGCAGAGGCUUAACCAAGAGAAAUGCAAUUAUAAUUAUUGCUUACCUUGCUGGCCUCAAUGGUAGUAUCAGCCAACAUAACUUUAACUUGCUCACAUCAACCUUAAAAUUUACUAUUAAGAAGAGACACAAUUAUGGGCAAAAAUAAAAUCAAGAAGAAAAACAAACUAUUUUUACUUAC